CAGCAGUUGCGUCACGAAGGGAGGAGAUGCUGCAGAUAUAAUGAGAAAAAAUCCAGAAAUAACAACCCGCUUGUUAUAAACGUUCUGGGAAAAAAACCCGAUAUUGCGCGGACAGUUUCCAGUCGACCCAAGUGGAAAGGGACCGGAAGUGCAUCGGCUAGCGCGCGGCAAUUUGUUUGCUAACCGGGAGACCCUGCACAGUGGCGAUGCCGGGGCAAUGGAUCGCCACCUGCUCCUGGUGAUCUGGGGGGAGGGAAGGGGCCUGUCGGCCGCGGGGGAGCAAGUCCUACAUGAAGCCGGGGCUGCCACGGUUACUGGCGCCGAGAAGCUGCCGGACUUAACAGCAGCAGAUGUGUACCAGCUCCUGAAAAAAAGCAUUAGCGCUUCAAUUAAUAAAGAAGACAGCUGUUUUCCUGCCUGUUCAGUGGGUGGAAUACCGAGUUCCAAGAAGUGGUUCUUUGCUGUACAGGCCAUAUCUGGAUUUUACCAGUUUUGUAGCUCUGACUGGAAAGAAAUACAUUUUGAUACAGAAAAAGAUGAAAUUGAAGAUGUUCUUCAAACAAAUAUUGAAGAAUGUUUGAGUGCUGUUGAGUGUUUUGAGGAAGAAGAUAGUAAUAGCAGAGACUCGGUAUCCUUGGCUGAACUUUAUGAAGAAUCUGCAGAAAAUUUGCAUCAGUUAUCAGACAAACUUCCUGCUCCUGGCAGAGCAAUGAUAGAUGUAAUACUAUUGCUCUCUGAUAAAGAUCCUCCUAAAUUGAAAGAUUGUUUACCUGCUAUUGGAGCAUUAAAACAUUUGAAGGAAUGGUACGCUGCAAAAGUCACUAUGUCAGUAAACCAUUGUGAAAUAAAUUGUCAGAUUGCAGAAUACCUUUCUGCAAAUGUUGUACCACUAGGAAAUCUUAGACAGUCUAUUGACUCAAAGGAAUUAUGGAGGGGAAAGAUUCAAAUAUGGGAAAGAAAGUUUGGAUGUGAAAUCAGUUUUCCUGAAUUUUGUUUAAAGGGGGUCGCACCUAAGAAUUUUAGUACAUCAAAUUUAAAUACUUGCUUUCUUGCCAAAAAGAUAGAACCAUCAAAGGAUAAGAAUAUUUUGCACAAGGUGUUCCAUUAUUAUGGCCCUGCUUUAGAAUUUGUACAAAUGAUAAAAUUGUCUGAUUUACCCUCCUGCUAUAUGUCGAAUAUUGAAUUUGAAUUAGGACUGACAAAAAAUAGCACCAAACAGAAUUCCAUACUACUACUGGAACAGCUAUCUUCUCUAUGUGACAAGGUUGGUGCCCUUUUUGUAUUGCCAUGUACAGUUAGUAAUAUACUUAUUACACCUCCAAACCAACUCAGUUCAAGAAAAUGGAAGGAAUAUAUAUCUAAGAAACCCAAGACGAUCACUGUUCCAGAUGUUGAGACAAAAGGAGAAUGUUCUAGUUAUUAUCUCUUGUUACAAGGAGGUGCCAACAGAAAGUGUAAAGCCACGCUAAUUUACUCAGCAAACCAGAUCAAUGGCUCAUUUGCACUCAGUUUCAUUCAUGGAAAGAUGAAAGCAAAGACAGAAGGAAGUAAGAUGAGCUUUCCAUUUGAUUUAUUUUCACUUCCACAUUUUUCUGGAGAGCAGCUUAUACAGAGAGAGAAACAAUUGGCUAAUGUUCAAGUCUUGGCUUUAAAAGAAUGUCUAAAAAGGAGAAAGUUGGAAAAGCAGUCUGAAGGAGUUUCUGUUGAUGAGCUCAAAAGUCUAUUAAUACUCACAAGGGAACGAUUUUUAGAUCAUUUUGAUGCUACAAUUCCAAAAACAACUCUACUAAAGACAGACAAGACUAAAACCUCCAAUACAUUAAAUGACAGCUGUCCAGUGGAACCUACUUCUUCAAGUGUAGUAGAAAGCAAUCCUCAAGAAUGGCCAGAAAGACAUGUUCUUCAAAAUCUGGAAAAUUUUGAAAAAGCUAAACAAAAAGUGAGAAGGGGCUCAUUAACUCGCUCAUCUGAGCAGUGGCUGGGCCAUAAGGAAGGUCCAAGAGAUUCAGGUACAUUAUUGGAUGCUAAAGAAUUGCUGAAAUUCUUCACCUCAGAUGGAUUACCAGUCGGAGAUCUUCAACCUCUACCAAUUCAAAAGGGGGAAAAGACUUUUGUUUUGACACCAGAGCUUAGUCCUCGGAAACUUCGUGGUUUACCUUUUGAAAAAGCCUCAGUAUGUCAUUAUCAUGGAAUUGAAUACUGUUUGGAUGACCAAAAAGCACUGGAAAGAGACGGGGGAUUUUCGGAACUUCAGUCUCGUCUUAUUCGUUAUGAAACCCAAACUACUUGCACCAGAGAAAGUUUUCCAGUACCUACUGUGUUGAGCCCUCUUUCCUCUCCUGCAGUUUUAUCAGAGCCUGCAAGUGUCCCUGAUGGAGAGACUCUCCAAAGUGAACUCCGAACUAAAGUGUCCCAAUUGAAAAGAAGGUCAAAAGAGCUGAAUUGCCAUAAUCCUAACAAAAGGCUUGUAAAAUCAGAAAGUUCAGAUUCUCUUGUUUCUCAGAGAAGCGGUAGUAGCAAUCCUCAUCGUCAUGCAGCGGUGUCCAGAAAGCCACAGGCAGAAAGGCCAUCGUCUGUGACUUGUCCCUCUGUUCCAGUUCUUAGCUCUGAAACUCCAACAGGCACUCCAAAGACCAGUUCAGGACAAAAAAGUGCACAUGACUCCAAGACAUCAAAGCAAAUUAAAGAAUCAAGAUCACAGAAGCAUACACGGAUGUUGAAAGAAGUAGUUACUGAGACCCUGAAGAAACACAGUAUUCCAGAAACUCAUGAAUGUUUCCCUGCGUGCAGCCAGCGUCUCUUUGAGAUCUCUAAGUUCUAUCUAAAGGAUCUUAAAACUUCAAGAGGCCUAUUUGGAGAAAUGAAGAAAACAGCAAACAAAAAUGUUGUACAGGUGAUUGAAUGGGUAUUAGAAAAGUCAAGAAAGAAAUAAAAACAGAAUCGUGAACAACUGAAAAUUAAGAAGAACUACACUUUACUUCAUUAGUUUGUAAAUUAUAAAUAUUCUCCAAGCUUUGUUCAAAGAACAAAUGUUAUAUUUCUAAAGAACUUCCAAAACAUCCUGUAUUUAUGUAACUUUCAAGGAUGCUCAGUGAAUUUCUAGUUGCACACUUAUUUUAUGUUUCUAACUUAUCUUAAUGUUUAAGUUGAUAAUUUUAUACCUGUUUUUAAAAUGUUGUUGUGGGUUAAUUUUAAUUGUUCCAAUAAAUGGAAAAGAUAAUUCUUUAA